AUAUACAAUAAUAUAUAUCAUAUAGAUAGAUAUACGUACGAGUGUCGAUGCUGCGGCGUAGAAGAGGCUCCGCCGGGAAAAGGCCUGAAAAUUCGGAGCCGCAAUCGGACGAAAUUAAGAAGGGGGGAAAUGGCUACGAAUCGGAUGAAAAAUCGAGUUCCAGCUCGGAGAAUUUGAAUCUCAGCGACGGUUCGUCUCCGGCGUCGGGGAAGAAGAAAUGGAACUGCGUGGACACGUGUUGCUGGUUCGUCGGUUGCAUAUGUUCGAUGUGGUGGUUUUUGCUCUUCCUCUACAACGCAAUGCCGGCGUCCUUCCCGCAGUACGUGACGGAGGCGAUCACCGGCGGUCCCCUGUCGGAUCCGCCGGGGGUGAAGUUGGCCAAGGAUGGGUUGAAGGCGAACCAUCCGGUGGUUUUCGUUCCCGGGAUAGUGACAGGUGGGCUUGAGCUGUGGGAAGGGCACUCUUGUGCUGAGGAAUUGUUCAGAAAGAGGCUAUGGGGUGGUACAUUCGGUGAAGUUUACAAAAGACCUUUGUGCUGGGUGGAGCACAUGUCGCUGGAUAACGAAACUGGAUUGGAUCCUCCAGGCAUAAAAAUCAGGCCUGUUUCUGGCCUUGUAGCAGCCGAUUACUUUGCACCAGGUUAUUUUGUUUGGGCAGUUCUAAUUGCCAAUUUGGCUCGUAUCGGAUAUGAGGACAAAAAUAUGUACAUGGCAGCUUACGAUUGGAGGCUCUCGUUUCAGAAUACUGAGGUUAGGGACCAAACUCUCAGCCGAAUAAAAAGUAACAUAGAGCUCAUGGUUGCUACUAGCGGCGGUAGAAAGGUGGUGGUUGUACCGCAUUCCAUGGGUGCUCUGUAUUUCUUGCAUUUUAUGAAAUGGGUGGAGGCGCCUGCACCUAUGGGUGGUAGCGGUGGACCGAGUUGGUGCUCUGAUCACAUAAAGGCUGUAAUGAACAUCGGCGGACCUUUUCUAGGUCUACCUAAAGCAGUUUCCGGAUUGUUCUCCGCCGAAGCUAAGGAUAUAGCAAUCGCAAGGGGUAUUGCGCCCGGUUUUUUGGAUAAGGAUGUGUUCGGGUUUCAAACUUUACAGCAUGUGAUGCGAAUGACUCGUACUUGGGACUCGACAAUGUCGAUGAUCAUAAAAGGUGGAAACACUAUCUGGGGUGGACUUGAUUGGUCACCAGAAGACGGGCAUCAGUGUAAUAAUUUCAAAAAGAAGAACAUCAACGGUCAACCGGAAGUCCAUAACGCAACUCUGAGUUUAUUUAAUUCUAGUCGUGUGAAGUAUGGAAGACUAUUAUCAUUUGGAAAGCACGUGGCUGAUUUACACUCGUCAGAGAUUGAGAGCGUUGAUUUUAGGGGUGCUAUCAAGGGAAAUAAUCAGGCCAACACAACUUGCCGUGCCGUAUGGACAGAGUACCACGACAUGGGCAUUGAUGGAGUCAAAGCAAUAGCUGAUUAUAAAGUCUACACUCCAGAUUCGAUAUUCGAUCUUCUUAAUUUCGCCGCACCAAAGAUGAUGAAGCGGGGUGGUGCUCAUUUUUCGUAUGGAAUCGCCGAUGAUUUGAGUGAAGAAAAAUACGAUCACUUCAAAUACUGGUCAAAUCCCCUCGAAACAAAAUUACCAAAUGCUCCGGAAAUGGAAAUCUUUUCAAUGUACGGAGUAGGGAUCCCUACAGAAAGAGCGUACGUAUAUAAAUUAAGUCCUGCUGCAGAGUGCGUUAUCCCUUUUCAGAUCGACACCUCUGCGGAAGGCCAUUGUCUGAAGGGAGGGGUAUAUUCCGUUGACGGAGAUGAAACUGUACCGGUACUAAGUGCCGGAUUCAUGUGCGCCAAAGGCUGGCGGGGAAAGACCAGAUUCAAUCCCUCGGGAAUACGUACAUUCGUGAGGGAGUACAGUCAUGCCGCGCCGGCGACAUUUCUAGAAGGUAGGGGUACACAAAGUGGGGCCCACGUCGAUAUAUUGGGGAACUUUGCUCUGAUUGAAGAUAUCAUUAGGGUUGCAGCGGGUGCAACUGGAGAGGAUAUAGGAGGUGAUCAAGUUCAUUCCGAUAUUUUGAAAUGGUCCGAAAGAAUUAAGCUGAAACUAUAGAACGUUACUCUCGUGUAAGUUUCUCCAUCCUUCAUUACGUGUUGUUUCACAAAGAAAUGAUUUUUGGUUUAUUCAAAAUGCAGCUGCCUAAUUUACUGCAUCUAUGUGUAUUCUCAUUCAACUCAACUCACAGGUACGACAAAUUUGUUGGAUGAUUUGAUUUGCUUGGCUCCGAGGUGUAUAAA